AUAUGCGCUCGCUCUCUCUCCUUGUGGACUAGCAUAACUGGGUGUCUCUGUGACCUGGAAACCCACGAACGCUCUUCCAUAACGAACAAUGGCUGGAAAGCAUUCUGGUAACGGAAACCCUAGAAUCCCUACGGGAAAAUCAACCACUGCAAUCCUCUUUCUAUCCACUCUCUCGCUCCUUUUCAUCAGCUUUUUCUUCUUCUUCUCUUCCCCUCAAGCCCAAAACUUUAAUCUCUCUCCUCCCAUUCGAAGCCUCAAAGCUGAGCACUCCUUCGUCGUAUCACUCGACCGUUUCCUCAAGACCAGAUCCUAUUUGCUACAAUCGGAAAAUUCCGACCAAAUACAGGCAACUGGUUCGUUUUCUGAUGAUGAAUUGUCAGAGGAGGCCAAGAAGCUUGAUUUCGCGAUGUGGAAGAAUGAAAAAAGGGCAUUUGAGAAGGGGUUUGUGGGUGCUGUGCCCAUUAGGGUUUAUAUAUAUGAUAUGCCAGCAAAGUAUACCUAUGAUCUACUGAGGUUGUUCCUGAACACUUACAGGGAGACAUCGAAUCUGACCUCUAAUGGUAGCCCUGUGCAUCGACUGAUUGAGCAGCACUCUGUUGAUUACUGGUUAUGGGCAGAUCUGAUUGCUCCUGAGUCAGAGAGACAUCUGAAGCAUGUUGUCAGGGUUCAUAAUCAAGAGGAUGCAGAUCUGUUCUACAUUCCAUUCUUCACAACCAUUAGCUUCUUUUUGCUGGAGAAACAACAAUGCAAGCAACUUUACAGGGAGGUCUUGAAGUGGGUUAAGGACCAGCCUGCAUGGCAGAGGUCAGAAGGGAGGGACCAUAUACUUCCAGUUCAUCAUCCAUGGUCUUUUAAAUCUGUACGCCGAUUUAUGAAGAAUGCAAUUUGGCUUCUCCCUGACAUGGAUUCCACAGGGAACUGGUACAAGCCUGGGGAAGUUUGGCUAGAGAAGGACCUCAUUCUACCGUAUGUCCCAAAUGUAGAAGUCUGUGAUGGCCAAUGCUUGCAGAAAAGUGAACAUCAUAGGAAAACAUUGUUAUUUUUCCGAGGAAGGCUGAAAAGAAACGCUGGAGGAAAGAUCCGCUGGAAAUUGGUUGAAGAGCUCCGUGGUGCUGAAGGUGUUGUUAUUGAAGAGGGAACUGCUGGGGACAAGGGCAAAGCAGCAGCUCAGGAUGGAAUGCGCAGAUCUAUCUUUUGCCUAAGUCCGGCAGGAGACACUCCAUCGUCUGCUAGACUAUUCGAUGCUAUUGUCAGUGGUUGCAUCCCAGUUAUAGUCAGUGAUGAACUCGAGCUUCCUUUUGAAGGACUACUUGAUUAUCGCAAGAUAGCAUUAUUUGUUUCAUCAGACGAUGCUGUAAAACCUGGCUGGCUUCUUGCAUUCCUCAAGAGUGUCGAAUCUAGUAAAAUCAAAGAAAUGCGAGAAAAUCUUGGCAGGCACUCGAAGCAUUUCCUAUAUUCAAGUCCAGCUCAACUGCUUGGACCUGAAGAUUUUACUUGGAGAAUGAUAGCUGGCAAGGUGGUCAACAUAAAGAUGCAUAUCCGACGUUCACAAAGGAUGGUCAAGAAUUCAAGGGCCCUGUGCACCUGCGAAUGCCAAACUGUAAAUAUCACAACAAAUCUGUAGUUCUUGGUUGGUAGAGUAAGGAUUAGAUACUCCUAUGGAAUUAGUCUCAUCAACAAUCGUGGAUGCCUCGUACAUGCUCAUCUCUCUCUCUCUCUCUCUCUCUCACUUUUGCUGGUUGUAUUGGAUGAAAGUUUUGGCCUUCUCUUUGUAAAUUUAACAAUGAUUUGGUUCAUUAAGUGUAAUCUAGUAUUGGCUUUUUAAUAUAGAACUACGAUGAAUAAAACUUACGUCAAAUUUAUUUGGUUUUUGUA